AUGCUACGCGAGCCCUCCCUCGAUAUCAAGCUAAGUAAGAGCCUCUUCUACUCCUACAGCACGCGCGAGGCGGCUACCUAUACAGGCAAGGCCCGCGGCGUCAUUAGGCAGGGCGCCGCCUACCUACACCCCGGCCACCCGCUCUGCCGCAAGACAGGCGUCGUACGGGCUAAAGGCUACCACUCGUACAAGGAGCUCUUCGGCAGUAUAUUUAGCGACUAUAAGCUCUACGCCAACGCUAAGAUAGCGAUACUCGCCCUACCCGAGGCCGUGGUGGACAAGAUAUAUAUCGCGGGCCAUAACCAGGGCAGGGCGACCAAGGCCGGCGCGCCGCCGCGGUCCAAAGUCAAGGCGGCCUAG